UAUAAGCACUGAGGCGGCGCUGGGGCUAGAGGAGCGCGGGGCGCAGGGGCUGGACCCGGUGCUGAGCGAGCCGAGCUAAUCGUCCUUUGUGCCAACGCACCCCAGGAUGCGUCCGAGCUAGGAGCCAGGUCCAGGAUGGGGGACACAUCUGUCUGGGCCUUGAGCCUCCUGGUGUUCCAGAUGCUGUUCUUGGUGGCUGGGGAACAGGGCACACAGGACGCCACUAUUGCUGCCACUGCUGCCACUGCCGCCACCGAGAAGGGGCUCCACAUACAGAAGGUGGGGUCUGGGUUGGUGCGGGCUGCACUGGCGGAGCUGGUGGCCCUGCCCUGUCUCUUCACCUUGCAGCCAUGGCCGGGUGCAGCCCGAGAAGCCCCUCGGAUCAAGUGGACCAAGGUGCGCACUGCAUCAGGCCAGUGGCAGGAUUUGCCCAUCCUGGUGGCCAAGGACAACGUGGUUCGAGUGGCCAAGGGUUGGCAGGGACGUGUGUCUCUGCCCACCUACCCUCAGCACCGGGCCAACGCCACGCUGCUACUGGGGCCGCUGAGGGCCAGUGACUCCGGGCUCUACCGCUGCCAGGUGGUGAGGGGCAUCGAGGACGAGCAGGACCUGGUGUCCCUGGAGGUGACGGGUGUUGUAUUCCACUACCGGGCAGCCCAGGAUCGCUAUGCACUGACCUUCGUUGAGGCCCAGGAGGCCUGCCGUCUCAGCUCAGCCACCAUUGCAGCGCCACGGCACCUGCAGGCUGCCUUUGAGGACGGCUUUGACAAUUGUGACGCCGGGUGGCUCUCAGACCGCACUGUUCGGUAUCCUAUCACCCAGUCCCGUCCUGGUUGCUAUGGCGACCGUAGCAGCCUUCCAGGGGUGAGGAGCUAUGGGAGGCGCGACCCACGGGAACUCUACGAUGUGUAUUGCUUUGCCCGUGAGCUGGGGGGCGAGGUCUUCUACGUGGGCCCGGCCCGCCGCCUGACGCUGGCCGGGGCGCGUGCCCAGUGCCGCCGCCAGGGCGCCGCGCUGGCCUCGGUGGGGCAGCUGCACCUGGCCUGGCACGAAGGCCUGGACCAGUGCGACCCGGGCUGGCUGGCCGACGGCAGCGUGCGCUACCCGAUCCAGACGCCACGCCGGCGCUGCGGGGGCCCAGCCCCUGGCGUGCGCACAGUCUACCGGUUCGCCAACCGCACCGGAUUCCCGGCUCCUGGAGCGCGCUUCGACGCCUACUGCUUCCGAGCUCAUCACCCUACACCACAACAUGGAGACCUAGAGACCCCCUCGUCUGGGGAUGAGGGGGAGAUUCUGUCAGCAGAAGGGCCCCCCGCCCGAGAACUGGAGCCCAGCCUAGGGGAGGAGGUCACCCCUGACUUCCAGGAGCCUCUGGUGUCCAGUGGGGAGGAAGAGCCUCUGAUCUUGGCAGAGAAGCAGGAGUCUCAAAAGACCCAUGGCCAUGCCCUUGGGGUCCCCACAGUAACCUCAAAGCCUGCCCUGGAGGCUGAGGAGGUGUGGCUGAGCACAGUGGCCACUCAACCCAGCAGCGUGGAAGCUGGCACUGCUGAGGCAACCCCAGCUGGCCCCAUGCCCAAGAAGAAGGGGCGCUUUAAAGUGUUGAAUGGUCGCCAUUUCCAGCAGCAGGAAUCCCAGCAAGGGCUGGAGGUGGGUCUCAAGGCCAAUGCCCAGCCCCCUACCCCAGAGGCUGCUGGGAAUCAUGUGGAGCCUCCCCUGGCCACCGGAGCCAUAGACACCUCAGGGAGUGGCCGGAGCCAAAACCCCUGGGCCGUACUGACCAAUGAGGUGGAUGUGCCUGGAGCUGGUUCCCCUGGUGGCAAGAGCACCCCAGAGCCCUGGCUGUGGCCCCCAACUAUGGCCCCACCCAGCAUCCCAGGCCCUAGCAGGGCCCUUGGCCUGGAGCUAAAGGAAGUCAAGGGCCCCAGUGUGAGGCUGGCCACCCCCAACCUUCCCUGGUCCCCCUCAGAAGCCUCUGUCCUGGUUCGUAACCCCUCAGAGGGUCCCAGCACUGCCCCCUGGGAGGCGUCCCCCAUGGUCCCUUCCCUAGACCUCCCUGUCAUGGCCAUGCUUCGUGCCCCCAAACUGUGGCUCCUACCACACCCUACACCCCUCCCCUCCCAGGCCAAUGUGGUCAAGGGACAUAGUGAGGCCAUGGCCACUGCCCCACCCUCCCCAGCCUUGGAGACCCAGGCUGGUCCCCAGGACUCCAUUUAUCCAGAGGUGUAUUCCUUGCCCCCCUCCUUGGACCUGACAGGACAGGGUGGAGAGGCCAUGUUCCUGACAUUUAGUGGUCAUGGAGCAGGAAGUCCUACUGCCUCCUCACAGGUAGCCAUGAACACACGAGCUGGAGCUAGUUCUAGCUCCCCCAGGGCAGACUUUGGAGAAAUUGGGGGGACAAGCCCCACUGAGCUCAGCAAAACUGAACACCCCAGAUCUAGCCCACAGACUUCUGUGUAUGGGAAUGUGGCAGCAGAUUUCACCCCCACAGAGAUGGCCACUGAGCCCAUGGGAGUGAGAGACAUCUCGGGGUCUGAGUCUGGGGUCUUUAGCACAGCAGAGAGUCCCACUUCCGGCUCACAGGGCACAUGGCCCUCACUGCACAGUGAAGGGCUGGACCUCCGCCCCCAUUCUGCACCAUUGGGGGACCCCGGAGUCUCCUUGAUGCCCGGGAUCACCCUGGAGUCUUGGGCUGCUACAGAUGGAGGAGCCAUGGUGGGUCCCACAGAUUCCACAGCCACACUGGACCCCAGUGAUGCUGGUGGGAUUUGGGAACCUGGAUCCCGUGUUAUUGAAGGAACUGAAAGCCCCAUCUUGAGCCCUCAAGUGGCUGUGGAUACAAGCAUGGUGACAUCCCUCAUGUCCCUGGACCAGGAGGACAAAGUUGGGGUCCUGGCCACAUCCAGCUCCCAACCCCACCCAGAGCCAACGGACCAGAUGGUAACCCAGGGAAUACUGGGAGCCUCGGUCUCUCCACAAGAGGGCGGCCCCCUGAGGGAGCCCACUUUUCCUCCUUGGACACCUAUGGCGGCCAGCAUGGAUGAGCCUGUGUUAGUGUCCUCGGGGGAGCCUACAGUGCCAUGGGACUCCCUCAGCAGCCUGCUGCCUGCCCCCCGGGUCCCGGAUGAGUUUGAGCUGGAAGUUCUGGCGGGAAAUGCCAGUGUGGAGGAGUCAGCAAGUGGAGAGGAGCCGGCCCUGCCAGGGACCCCUGCAAAUGGAAGUGCAGAGCAGACCCCCUCGGAUCCCUGUGAGAACAACCCUUGCCUGCACGGGGGCACCUGUCGAGCCAAUGGUACCAUGUAUGGCUGUAGCUGUGACCAGGGCUUCGCUGGGGAGAACUGUGAAAUUGACAUUGACGACUGUGUCUCCAGCCCCUGUGAGAACGGAGGGACAUGCAUCGAUGAGGUGAACGCCUUCGUCUGCCUUUGCCUCCCCAGCUACGGCGGCAGCCUCUGUGAGAAAGACACGGAGGGCUGUGACCACGGCUGGCACAAGUUCCAGGGCCACUGCUACCGGUACUUUGCUCAUCGGCGGGCGUGGGAGGAUGCCGAGAGGGACUGCCGCCGCCGAGCUGGCCACCUGACCAGCAUCCACUCACCUGAGGAACACAGCUUCAUUAACAGCUUUGGGCGAGAAAACACAUGGAUUGGCCUGAAUGACAGGAUCGUGGAGAGGGAUUUCCAAUGGACUGACAACACGGGGCUGCAAUACGAGAACUGGCGAGAGAACCAGCCAGACAAUUUCUUCGCCAGUGGGGAGGAUUGUGUGGUAAUGGUGGCACAUGAGAGUGGGCGCUGGAACGACGUUCCCUGCAACUACAACCUCCCUUAUGUCUGUAAGAAGGGCACAGUGCUGUGUGGUCCCCCUCCAGCAGUGGAGAACGCUUCACCCAUCGGUGCCCACAAGGCCAAGUAUAAUGUCCAUGCUACUGUGCGCUACCAGUGUGAUGAAGGAUUUGCCCAACACCAUGUGGCCAUCAUCCGGUGCCAGAGCAAUGGCAAGUGGGACCGGCCCCAGAUUGUCUGCACCAAACCUAGACGGUCCCAUCGGAUGCGGCGACACCAUCACCACCACCAACACCACCACCAGCGUCGCCACCACAAAUCACGUAAGGAGCGCAGAAAACACAAGAAACACCCAGCAGAGGACUGGGAGAAGGAGGAAGGGAAUUUCUGCUGAAGAGCCAGGCAAAAGAAAGCACAAUCCCCUUCCCACAUCUCCUCUGGAGUCUUCACCUGGGGAGACAGAGCCCAGAGAGAAACAAGAGGGUCUGGAAGCCCCUGAGCCCCAAAACACAUUCCCCCACCACAUAAUCCUUUGUAAAAAGCUCCUCCCUCCUCUUUCUUACAUACACAGGUCCUCUUGGCAGGUGUAGCCAUGUGUCUGAAAAUCCAGUUCUAGCCAGGCUGGAAUCUGGGAGCAUCUCCCGCUGGAGGGAAGCACAAUCAGCAAAGGUUACUCUUUGCUGCACUAGUUUAGUCUUUUGUUGGCAAGGCUGACUGCCAGUUGUUGAAAUAAGGCUUCGAUGAGGGUAUAAGAGUGUAUAUUUGGAUUCACCCUAAGGAAUUGCUUUUCACACUAGAAAUUUAGGCUUCGUAAACUGCCAGGUGUCCUAAACACAGCCUGAAGCCUUUAGUGAAGGUCACUGGCUUUGGGAGUAGAAAACGGCAUGGAAGCACACUGGUUGAACUUGACGACUGCUCUUCCUUUACCCUGGACUUCAGCCCAAGUCCAGUCAUUGGUCUUGGUGGAUAAACCAUGUUAAACUCCUAUGUACUGAAUUUUAGGAAUGUUUUUAGAAUAAUCUUCUGUGCCCUCAGAGUUAGGGGUCAGAAUAGUCAGAGUAACAAUGUGGGCGAUAGAGGGAAAGUGUGUUGCUUGCCCUCCCAGGUCUAGUCCCAGUGCUGAGAUUUGGUUCUGCAUGUGUGAUGAAUCACAUGCGUGCACACACACACACACACACACACACACACACACACACACAGAUGAGAGGAUAUUUAGGGCUUGACAAGCCCAGAUUUCUUCCCCCUCCAUCUCUCAGGGAGACAAAGAACCUCCUUUCUGGACCGAGGAGGUGCCAAGUUGUCUAGCUCAGUGCCCGUACCUAUCCCUCAAGCAGACAUUGGUAGUGCACUGCCCUGCUCCAUUCCUGUCUCCAUCCACUGCCUGAGAGACUAGAAAUGCUUAAAAACUGAAGUAGUGACAUCUACCUGCAGUCAUGUUAUAGAGAGAUGCACAGUGUUAAAACCGAAACACACACACACAUUUUUCUCUUGUAGUUUUUUCUUUUUUAACUUUUUAAGUAGGAAAGAACUCACUAGGCCUUAUUUCCCCAAAUCUGCAACCUAUAAAAGGACUUUCCAAGCUGAAGGCCAAGACCCAGCUCUCUGAUCUCUGGGAGGAAAGUUCCACAGCUUCUCCUCCAUGUUUUGUCUACUCUCAGCUCCUCCAGUCUGGGUAAAAUCUGUGGAUUGGUGUUAAAAACCACAGUGGAGAAAGGCACUUUACAGGGAAAAAAAAAAGGUCCAUCUAAGUGUUCACCUGAAAAAGGAAUGUAUUGACUGAGCCUAUGUCCCUCCUGAGAAGUAAUAAUUAUAGUUGACAACUUUGGAGUGGGUACCAUGCUAAGAACUUAUUCACUAUCUCCUUGAAUUUUCUCAACAGCCUAGUGACUUAGGAACCAUUAUAUUCUCAUUUUACGCAUGACAAAAUCAAGGCUCAGACAAAAGAAAGGCAAUGGCUGGAAGUCAUAGCCAAGAAAGAAGUAAGGGUUUGGUCCUGCCUCCAUCUUAUACGAAGCACUAUUCUCUACUUUGGAGAAGAGAUCAAAACAUAAUUGCACUCCUCCUACACAUAGAGGCAGAUUUAGGAAAAGAUUGAGAAGUGCAAACUAGAUAGACCCUCAUCUUUGACCAUGGUCUUUAGUUUUCCCUGCUGUAGACAUUAUCCGUUGAGAAAGUCCAGGGAAAUAGGUUUGCCUUCUUGCUUUGAUAAUUCUUCUUAGUUUAAAAUAUAUGAUAACAACACAUCUUCAGUCUUCCAUGUCACAAAAGAAUUUUCCUUUGUUGAGGAGCUGGAGAUGCAACUUUUUGGAGGGGUCUUAGUUUAUGCUCCCUGCCCUUGGCCCCCUCAGUCCCUUGCCCUGCCCCCACCCCAGCGCCAUGGUGGAAGGGGCCUCUGGUCUUUUCUAAAGUGCGUGGUUUGUCUUUUGGUCUUUCUCUUUGGGAUGUGUGUGUGUGUUUGCGUGUGCCAUGUGUGUGGCAUGCGUGUGAGUGUGUGUGUGAACAGCUUUGGGUUCCACUGGUUUUGCUGUGAGCUGCAGUGUUCUGUGGGUCUGUGGUAUCUGACACUGUGGACUAAUGUACUUCUUGGACAUUUUAAUAAAAUUUUUUAACAGUU